AUGGCCGAUACCGAAGAAGCUUUUGGACUCCCCAAUACCCCGAAUGAAUCGGAUUCAAAGCAGUUACAGAAUGAAAGCAAACAAGAUAACCAAAUAGGAACUUCGAGCAAAUCACCAUCGCCUCAGACAACAUACACUCAACAGGGAAUGGAAGCAAUAAAGGUUUACUUGCACGAAAGAGAACUGUGGACGAAAUUUCAUGAAGUUGGGACUGAAAUGAUUAUCACAAAGGCGGGGAGGCGAAUGUUUCCAAGCUACAAGGUGAAGGUUACUGGACUUAAUCCAAAAACGAAAUAUAUUCUCUUGAUGGAUAUAGUGCCGGCUGACGAUCAUCGUUACAAAUUUGCUGAUAAUAAAUGGUCAGUGACGGGGAAGGCAGAGCCUGCUAUGCCUGGGAGGCUGUAUGUCCACCCAGACUCACCAGCGACGGGGGCACACUGGAUGAGGCAGCUUGUCUCCUUCCAGAAGUUAAAAUUAACAAACAACCAUCUCGAUCCUUUUGGACAUAUCAUAUUAAAUUCCAUGCAUAAAUACCAGCCCAGGCUCCACAUUGUGAAGGCAGAUGAGAACAAUGGCUUUGGCUCGAAAAAUACAGCUUUUUGCACUCACGUGUUUCCAGAAACAGCAUUCAUUGCUGUAACAUCCUACCAAAACCAUAAGAUUACACAGUUGAAGAUUGAGAAUAAUCCUUUUGCAAAGGGUUUUCGGGGGAGUGACGACAUGGAGCUGCAUCGGAUGUCCAGGAUGCAGAGCAGUAAAGAAUACCCGGUGGUUCCACGCAGCACUGUUCGUCAGAGGGUUGGAUCCAGCCACAGCCCAUUCAGCGGGGAAGUGCGAGGCCUAGCAACAUCCAGUAGUCUGAGUUCACAGUACCCAUGUGAAAACGGGGUCACCAGUACCACCCAGGAUAUACUGCCCCAACCAGGCUCCUACCCCCUCCCCCAUGAGCACAGCCAGGUCUACCAUUACACCAAGAGAAAAGUGGAGGAUGAGUGCCAUGCAGGAGAGCACCCAUUCAAGAAGUCCUACAUCGAGAGCUCUCCCAGCGAGGAUGAAACAUAUUACCGGCCAGCCGCCUUCUCCCAGCACUCCGGCCUUGGCGCCACCUACAGGACUGAGUCGGCACAGCGGCAGGCCUGCAUGUACGCCGGCACCUCGCAGUCCGGUGAGCCAGUGCCCAGCCUGGAGGACAUCAGCUGUAACACGUGGGCGGGGGUUCCACCCUACACAAGCUGCCCGGUGACAGCCAUGCAGCCCAUGGAUAGGCUGCCUUACCAGCAUUUCUCCGCCCACUUCACUUCUGGGCCCUUGGUGUCCAGACUGAGCAGUGUGGCAAGCCAUUCUUCCCCUCCACUUGGCGAUGCCCACGGCAUGUACCAGAGCUCGAUGCCACACCAGUCCCUCGCCAGGCAGUGUGGCCCCAGCGGAGGCCUUCAGUCACCCACCACGGGCUUGCAGGCCAAUGAGUACCUUUACCCCCAUGGCAUGCCCCGCACUCUGUCUCCACACCAGUACCAUGCUGUACACACCGUGGGCAUAAUGUCUGAUUGGAGUGAGGGCAGCUAA